AAGAAAGACGCCAUUUUGGUUUUAGGACGGUUAAAAAAUCGUCCGUAUCAUCUAGUUAGGAAUUGUGACUCUACCGACCAAAGGGUAGAUUGAAAAGCCUAGAUAAUGCAUUUGUCAAACGUGUCUGUUCUGGUAAUACUUAUUUUUUUCUGGAGCUUAUUUAACGAACUUUGCAAUCAAAGAAGUGACCUUAGGCAAUCGCAUAUAGUUGGAAAUUUCCGAAGGAGACAAAACCUUACAAACAAGAUGUCCAGAAGAAAAAGAAAAAGAACGGUCGAGAAAAAAAUAAUAUUUGUUCUGGUGAGUUGGAUCCAUGUAGUUCUUUUUAAAACAGAAACAAUGCAAGCAUUGUAUUUAAAGUUUCUGUUGCGAAUUUCCUUUGGUCGCUCCAUUUACAUCACUGUUUUUCCAACUGAUAGAUUGCAGCAAAAUCGAAACAUGAACAGAUGGUAUUAUGAAGGAAAUAGAGUGUUUUCCUUUGCUCGCGCUCCCGUCUAUGGUUCUUUUUUUAUUCGGCUAGCACGUUUGGGAUUUUAUUACGACGAGGAACUUCAUAUAACAAAAUGUGCAUUUUGUGGAGCUCAGUACACCGACGGUAAUAAUCCUGAAGUUAUACAUCACCACGAAUGUCAGUUAGAACAUGAGAAUAUUCCAUUUGGAUCCACAUAUUCUGAAGUUGCAGUUUACAAAUCACCAAAAUAUAAGGAAUUUGAAAGUUUAGAAAGCAGAAAAGCAUCAUUUUACGGAUGGCCUCAUUUAUCCAAUCAAAGUUUCACUUUGGAACUAGCAGAAGCCGGAUUUUUUUAUACGGGAAAUGGAGAUAUAGUAAGAUGUUUUUCUUGCGGUGGAUGUCUACAACACUGGCAGCAAUCGGAAAACUACCCUAUUCCAUGGAUCGAGCAUUUAAUGUGGUUUCCACAUUGUGACGAAGAAACUCAUUCCCAAUACAGUGAAACGAUAGAAGCUAUGAAUAUGAGAGUUCAAGCAACAGAAGUUUCACAGGAAGAAGUCGCUCAACUCAAUUUCAGACGGCAAAUAAGAAGGAGAAAUGUUUCGGACAAUUUGUUGCAGACAAGAAAUAGAGCGUUAACCUAUGGUCAAAGGGAAACACUUAUAUCAAGCGAACAGACUAAUAGUAAUAUUUUAGUAUUACGGUCACAGCAACUAGAUGAAAUGCAUCGGUCAGUUGACAGAGACCAUUCUGUAUUAGAGGGAGAACAGAGCACACCUGCACAAAUAGACAUGGCUGAUGAUUUGGAUAAUACAUUAGACAGACCAAGACAUCCAGCAUAUGCUCAGCUGAGUCUUAGGCCACCAAAGGAAGUGAACAGUGCGACUAGUCAACCUCCAGUUGACAGAGACCAUUCUGUAUUAGAGGGAGAACAGAGCACACCUGCACAAAGAGACAUGGCUGAGGACUUGGGUAUUACAACAGACAGACCAAGAUAUCCAGCUUUUUCUAAUCUGAGUGUUAGGAUCAGUACAUUCCGGGGUUGGCCCGGAUAUUUAGAUCAGGCACCUAGGGAUAUGGCACUGGCCGGAUUCUUCUAUGCAGGCUAUAACGACAAUUGCACCAGUGGAUUACGUAUACGCAAUUGGGAUGAAAGUGAUGAUCCCUGUGUAGAACAUCUAAGAUGGUUUUCAAAUAGUUCAUUUGAUAGACAAAACAGAGGUCAGAGAUGGUUUGAGACUAUUGGAAAAAAGAAACAAAAAGAAAUGCCACCAAAGGAAGUGCACAGUGCGACUAGUCAACCUCCAGUUGACAGAGACCAUUCUGUAUUAGAGGGAGAACAGAGCACACCUGCACACAGAGACAUGGCUGAGGACUUGGGUAUUACAAUAGACAGACCAAGAUAUCCAGCUUAUUCUAAUCUGAGUGUUAGGAUCAGUACAUUCCAGGGUUGGCCCGGAUAUUUAGAUCAGGCACCUAGGGAUACAGCACUGGCCGGAUUCUUCUAUGCAGUAGCAGAAGGACUGCACGACGAAAACAACCAGAUGGAAAGAUCCUGCAGCAGUUGCUUUAUUUGCAGAAAGAAGAAAAAAUCUAUCAUUUUCAAGCCAUGUGGUCAUAUUUUAUGCUGCAAAGACUGUGCAUUUCAGCAUUCUUUUAAAAAAUGUAUGCAAUGUGGAAAGAAAAUUCAAAAAUUCAAAAAUGUCUUUCUUCCUUGAGUUAGUUACAUGAUUUCCGACAGGGUUCCUCGCAAUGUAAGACAGCACACACAACGUCUUCUUUUCGUCUUUAGACAGUUUUAUAUAUAAAUCAUAACACUACAUCUACAGUAGUAAAAGUAAAUGGAUCAAUAAAAGACUUUUGUAUAUAACAGGAACUAUUUUAUAGAGACCCCUGACUUGAAGUAAUUACUACUCUAUGACCUUAGCAUUAUAUUAUGAAGUGUUUCUAUGGGUAUAUUUGUUAACAUUGUGAUAUGAUUUGUUUUCCUUUGAUGUUUUAAUUAAAUAAUAUGGUUAUAAAGUGUGUUAAGAACCAUCGUCUAUUAUCUGCAAUGUCAUAGUUAUGUUCUAAUUCACGUGUUCAAAAGAUCAUAAAGUAUUUAUGUGCACAUCGCAACUUAAAUUCUGCAACCUACUUCCAACCCAAACUGUAUACAAUUUAUUCUUGGUAUUAAGUAAGAAACACAUUUCUGAUUGACCAUGUCAUUGUAUUAAACAUCAAACAAGAUAUUACUGUCCACAAAAUCAUUUGAAUCACACAGAAUAACUUAAAAUAAACAAAUAUCAUAAUAUCAUAAUAUAACACAAAGUACACGUAAAAAUGAUUUCUGAAUUACAUAACAAUUCUACACUACGGUAAAUAUGUUUACAUUGAGUAAUCACCGUCGUCACCGCCUAACCUCUAUAACUGAUCCUUUUCUUAUAUACUACCCGCAUAAUUCAAACCGAUUGUUUGCAAUAGGUACGACGCGUAAAACACAUAAAUAUAUGUAUAUAUUCUAAUUCACUUGUUCAAACGAACUUAAAGUAUUUAUGUGUACAUCGCUACUUAAUUUCUGCAACCUACUUCAAACCCAAACUGUAUACUAUAUUGUUCUUAGUAUAAAAUAAGAAACACAUUUCUGAUUUUGUUCAGCACGGUGACCAUGUUGAUGCACAAAGAAAGCAGUGGUUAUAAACCAAGAUUUUUUUGUAACAGAUUAACGCUUUUUCAUAUCUUCAGACACAUAUUCAUCCUUUGACAAGUCUGAUUUCCAGCGGCCUUGUAUCUUAAAAAGUCUAUCUGAUAUAUCGUUUUUAGCUACCAUGGUAGCCUCGCCUGAAAAAAAGCUUAUACGCCGAACUCUUUUUUGGAUUAUCCGAUACUAUGAAGAGCCCCUGUUAUCCCUUAUCCUGCUCAUGUAAAUGAUAAUUUCUCAUUCUUAGAGAGUAAGGAUUUUCUACAAAAAAGGUUAAUGACAGAAAAAUGUACAUAUCAGAAUUCAUCUUUAUUUUAGCAUCCGCCUAAUAGGACUUUUAUUUCUUUACAGGACACAGAAGACUAUCUAAUUUACCAAUAUAAGCAUUCUUCCUUUUUUCUAUAACAAUCAGUUUUACUCUUUUCUAUUAAAAUAUCUGCAUAUUCGACAGUAAAAGAAAUAUGUUUGGCCUUAAUAUUACAUAGUUCAUUAUAUCUGAAAAACAACACAUAUACACAGUAAACGAAUAUCUUUAAGUGAUCUCAACUUCUUGUUAAAGAAUUUAUAUUUUUUUUUUCAAAAUAUCUGGUUCCACUGGUGUCUUUUCCUGAAUCGGUCUAGAUAACUUAGAUGCAUCUAGUAUACUUCUUCCAAAAUCUGAAUCAUAAGGAUUCUUUACGCCUGCAAUAUGAUGUACCUACUUAAUAAUGUAAAAUGCGGCAUCAACGACACUGCAAUGCCUACUGGUAUCUAUUAUGAUUAUCUAAUAGAGGUUGCAAAUAUAGGCUGACAUGUAAUUCAUUACACGGAAGUAUCGAAGUUAUCUCGGAAUAUUUUAGUGUUCAUAGUACAAAUCUUUGUAAUACAGUAGAAAUCCAACGGAAUUAUUUGUAAUGUAUUUUUUAAGCAACUUUCACUUGAUCUCACUUCUUCGAAUUUAACUUUGUUUACUAGCACCGUUUUCUUUACAUGUCUCAACUCUAGUUCAAGUCCAUGUUUACCUUUUGUGCUGAUUGCUACGGUCAGCGAGUUCACAACGUGCGGUCUGUUCGAUACAUCUUAACCUAACCCGCCUUUGAGCAAAUCUAAAAAAGCUUCAUGUACAUAAAUUGUAUUUUUAAAGCAGACUUAUAAUUUUUUUUAAAUACAGAAGUAGGUUCCUGUAAAAAAGGAAAUUUAUAACUUUCUUUGAUUAUAUUAUAAACAAAAUUUGUUGUACAAAUCUUAACCCAAAAAUGUAAAGACGUUUUAAUCUGCCCUUCACAGUUACAUCUUUUUCACAUUCAAAGUAAGUGUCAAUAUCAAAUUGUUCAUGUACCUUAAACAUUUCUUGACUGUUUUCUUUAAGAAGGAGGUGCUCUGGAUAGUCUAUUCUUGCGUUGUCUGUGACAUUUUAUCGCCAAAUGUUAGUAGAAUCCACACUUAUAACAGACAUUGGAAGGUUUUACUGUACUCUGCAGGCAUUGAUCUCCACAGACAGAUGUCCCUUCACAAAAGGGCUGAAGUUACAAACCAUUAACACCAGAAUUUCCACCACUGUGCGCCUGUUGAUAUGACGAACUAGCCGCUUCUGUGGGUCUUUUUUUACUAUGCUGUUGUUUUCCGUCUUAUCUGCCUUGAUUUUUUUGACUGUCCUGCUAUUCGCGGCCGUAAUGUGUUUCUCAUCUUCCGAAUCACUCGCUAGCUCAUCAGAUAAGCAUUCACUGACAGUCUACCAACCCCUUUGGACUUAUCCGCGAUCCUUAUAUGUUUAUUCCGUUUAUUCAGCAGCUCUUUAUAAUCUUUUAAGUACGAAAUGGCUUUAUUCGGACUCUUUCUUCUCGAUGCACGAUAAAGCGGAAUCUAAAUUGUCCAACACAUCUCCGUUAAGGUCUAAAUAGACCUUGUUGUCUUUGAAUUUAUAGGUGGUUUCUAACUUAUUUUCCUUUUUCGCUAAACUAUUGGUCGAAUAGUUCAAAUUCUUCUCGAGACCGGUUACUUUGUUAUUCAUGUAGGUCUUAAUUAGCGACGACAAAAAACAGCGUUAGAAACAUCUUCUCCCUAUGUAUGUUCAAUCGUAUCUUUAUCCAUGUCUUCAUUAUGAUUAUUUUCGUUGUCGGACAUUAUGUUUACACUGUAUUAAUCGACGUAGUCACCGCCUAACCUCGAUAACUGAAAAAAAAACUUUCUCAUAUACUACUCUCGAAAUUCCAACCGGUUCUUAUAAUAGGUACUACGCGACUAAAAUUACUACGCAUAAAGCACAUAAAUAUAUUUAUCAUACUGUAAUAUCUAACACAAAAUCCAACACGAAUCUAAGAGGAAAGUAUGCGAAGCAUAGCAAUGAUAACACGUGUCCAAUUUCAUAUAAUUCCACGACUGAGGAUCUACCAUAAAUUCUAAAAUAUAUCUGCCUUUAAUUUGUUUGGAAAGAAAGAUAAUUUAUUUGUAUUAUUUUUGUUGUCUUUAGUGUUUGGAAUAUAAUCCUUAUAAUUGAGUUCUGUCGCCUCUCAAGAAAUUGUAUAAAUACAAUUUACCUCUUUAUGUUCCAUUCAUAAAGUUACAUAGUUUACCCCUCUCCCACCAGUUAUAAAAAUACUGGAUUCGCAUCUAUUUAUUUCAAAACUACAUGUGUGCCAACAUUGUAAGUCAAAUGCAGAACUGACUUGCAUAAGCCACCAUCUCAUGUAACGUUGCCAGUGAUUGAUAUUAGUUCAAAGGGUCAACAACAUUAUUUUUAUUUACAAAUUAUAUAUACCAACUACUAGAUUUUUUAGUUCAAAUAUAUCUAAUCGUAAAAACCAUGGAAUAUAUAGUACUUAUCCUCACCAUCAUUAAUAACAUAUAUAUUAUAUUGUGACAUGCUUUUGUAUGCUUUUUACUUAUAACCACAUACGUAUGUUUAAAUAAUUGAGUGUGCUUGUAUGAUUUUUACAAAAGUAAACAUUCCUUGUCAAGUGUAUCUAAUCCUGUAUCUAAGACAUAUUUUAGUUGCAAAUAUAUAUUGUGCUGCCAAAAAUAUAGUUUUCUGUGUGUUUUGGUUUACCUUUGUUUCUGUCAUUUUUUCCCUUUGUUCCACUUUUUAUCUAAAAUACAAGUCCACUUUUUUCUAAAUGCUUUGAAAACAAUUGAAAAAGUAGAAUAAAGA